CUUAUUCUCAAUAUCGUGUCUUUGUAAGCUUACACUAAACGGAAACCUGGCCUGCGAUUUGUUAGCUUGUUUUAAUCGACGCAUCUUUGUUGACGAGACAUUUAUAACUUCUUGGCAGUGACUGAAUUUUAAGCAAAUUUGAAAGACGAUAUUGAGAAGAAAACUAUUUCCUAAUUCCUCUUGUGAAGACUGUAUCCUACUCCAAGUUUUCAGUGAUAAGAAGUACAGGAUCAAAACAACUUAUUCGAGCAACUACUUCCUAGCUGUAAUCUAUCUUGUGAAGACUAUUAUAUAUCCUACCCCAGGUUAUUGCAGGUUUCGGUUCAAAGAAAUAGCGGAUCAAACCAACUCAUAUUCCAUCUUAACAGUCUCUAAAUCUUAUAGCUCUGAACAUCAGGCCAAUAAGGAAACACGCCACUGAAGCAAACCUCGGACCCUCUAUUCAAUUCAAGGCACUAAACGCAAAACGACCACUGAACGACCACUGAACAAAUAUAUCAAUUGAUCAACAAUGGAUAAAUAUUUGGAAAAUGGCAAACAAAUAUACGAAGAAUAUUGCUCAACAGCUGAAAACCUGCCCACAAUGCUUCCAAGAGCACCAGAGCAGACCUACAUUGAUGUAUAUCCAGAUGAAGAUCAACCUGGUCCCAGCUUUAGAGAUGACAAACGACAUCAAUUAGACUACGAGACUGAAGUUAAGGUGUAUAGGGCUUUGGAAGAGGUAGAUGGAAACUUCAUUGUUCUCCACAGCUUUAAAUACACACACGACCAGUAUUGUCUGUGUGAUAAAAGUCAUGUUAGGGACAAAAAGAAGUGUAACAAGUGCAAGAAUCAGUAUGAUAAGGAGGGUGAGUGCGAUUUCAUUAUUAUUUGUCCGGACAGUUUUAUCGUUAUCGAGGUAAAGAACAUGGAGCAUGUUGAUAGAGAGAUCGUGGAAUGUGAACCAGACUUCCACUUGUGUUCUAUUGGCGAGGACUGGCAACCUGAGUGUACGACUAGAAAAUUGGAGGCAUUGAUUGGUACGUACAAGAAGUCAGCUGAACAGAGAGACAAGAUAGUGGAGCUGAUCAAAUGUAUUGACAAGGACGCAAAUAUUCAUCAGUUCACUGCCUAUCCUAAUUUUAGUAAACGGUUUAAAGAACAGUUUCAAUUUAGUGAGAUUACAGAACUCCGGUUAAGUGACGAUGAACUGUCAACUAUCAUAUUUGAAGAGGACCUUUGUCGCAACGAACUUGAUGCUGCUUGGUGGGCAGCAAAUGUAACUCUGGCCAAUUCAUCAUCUUCAGAUUCCCAUGAGAGAGUAAGGAAUAUUUUGUUAGCUAUUUGGGCCACAGAGAGAAACACGUGUGAUAAAUCCAAGUGCAGUUUAGGACGAUGUAUUAUGGAUGUCAACAAACAGCUUAAGGAAGGUCGCAUUACUUUUGAGCCUAAAAAAGGUAAAAAACGUAAUCAAAAUCCCGCAGUUGUCAAAGCUCCCGAUAUUAUCAGAAACAAUUCUAAUGUGGAAAACCUAACAGUAGAACAACACAAUGCUUUUGAGUCAAAAGAGAAUUUGUUGUUGAUUAACGGUCCCGCAGGGGCGGGCAAAACUGUCAUAUUGUGUGGUAAAAUACUGCAACUGUUAGAGUCUGAUAAGAACAAUAAAGUUGUGGUAUUUAAGUUUACUGGAGAAGGGAACAAUUCACAGCAUUAUCAAAGUGCGUUAGAUAACGCUAGUAUAAAAUACGAACUGAUAAGCACUAGUGAAUAUGAUCACACUCCCGAACAACUAGCUAAUCUUAUAACAGAGUGUUUGUGUAGUGUUAUUAUUGUGGAGAUAUCAGGUUAUGAAGAUACCACAUAUUUAACAGAUAGACUCAGUGUACUAAGUGGUUAUAAUUUGUUUGUUGAUGAUAUACAGACAGUUAUUGAUUACAAUACCACAGCUGAAGAGUGGGCUUUAUUGAUUAACACGUUAAAAAACUUAUCAGCAGAUAAGAUUGUGUGGAUAGCAUGUGAUAUUGUCCAGGCUUGGACGGUAUAUGACAUAGAUCAGAUUUCAAGAGUAGCUAAUGUACUUACUGAUAUAUUAGCACCUCAUCAGAGGACUACUUUAUCUAGUAACUUGAGAAAUACGUUUGAUUUAUCGAAUAUUUUAUCUGUAAUCAGAGAUCAAUUCGUUAAAUUAUGUUCUCUUAAAUCAGAUAUUUUAGAUAUUAUUUUACCUUCACAAUCACCAGGACACUUUAUACACGGUACAUUGCCUGUUAUACAUGUUUUUAAUAAUCGUAAUGUUGAUAGUAUUGUAAGUGUUAUUAAUAUUGAUUUAGAUAGAUUGUGUGCUACACAUGAAUUAAAUUAUUCUGAUAUAGGUAUAGUAUAUACUGAUUCACUAGUAGUGAUGUAGUACCACUAGUUAGUAACAGUGUUAAUAUGAGAUGUAAGAACACUGCUAGUAAGAUUGCAGUGUGUGACAGUAUGGAUUGUGCCUCUAGUGAGUGGCCUGCUGUAAUAGUACUGUGUGAAGUGUGGGAGUAGUGAGGAGCGUGACCUGACUAACCUUUACUUAAUGUUAUCAAGAGCACGUGUACACUGCUCUGUUGUUAUAUUCCCAUAUGAGGGUGGAACAUUAAACCGAUAUCCUUACAUGUUACAUUUGUUAGAUAAACUGAGUAACUACGCUCGCAUUAUACGAUAUUAGAUAUGAUGUUACUUUGUAAUAACGUUAGUGGGUGACUAGUUCUAUUGUUAUGAAACAUGUAUACAUAAGCCUUUAGAAUUAGUGUGUGAUUGCACAGCUGAGUGAACUCUUACGAACUAAUUACCGAUUUUUGAAAACUGUGAGAUCAAGCCGGGACUCGAUCUCGCUACGUCCGGGCUAGACAGACAGAUAAGGCUUAUGCUUAACCGAUUGCGCCACUGUGCUGAUAACAAUACAAACAUAUUAAGCUAGCAAUUGAGCGUUAUUUUGCAAAUAAUUUCACCCACUAACCAAACUUAACUAUUCGUUAUUGUAGUUAUUAAUAUAAUGCUAAUUACUAUGAAAUUACUAUCCACUAUAGAAUGUGUUAUCAUUCAUUUUAUCUGUCUUUCAGUGAAAUAAAAGUGUUUUAAAUCAUGAUGUUUCGUAUAAUUUAGGGUUGACCAGAUUUAGCAUAAUGUCUAGGUUGAGGUCUAAACAACCUAGUCGGAAAACAAAAAAUCUUACCUUUACAUAUGAAUGACUAAUAAAGAA